AAAUGACGUAGGACAACAAAGUUCUCAGCCAAUAGGGUCCCGAUCCUGAAAGACCCGCCAAAAGCUGUCAUCGCUCGGUAAGUGUGUGUUAUUGUGGGUCGCUGUGUGUACGGGGAAGAAAAGAGACGCGAUGCCGGGAUUUCUGGAGAACUGUGAGCGAUACUUCGGGAGCUCCGACCUGUACACCGUACUCGGGGUGAGGAGGACGGCCGGGGAGGCCGAGGUCCGCCGAGGAUAUCGCAAGACCUCGCUGAAGGUUCACCCGGACCGGGUGUCAGAGGAGGAGAAGGACGAGGCCACGCUAAAGUUCCAGAUACUUGGAAAAGUGUAUUCAGUUCUCUGUGACCAAGAACAGCGAGCAGUCUAUGAUGAGCAAGGAAUUGUGGAUGAGGAGUCCGAUGCAAUUUCUCAAGACCGUAACUGGGAGGAAUAUUGGCGUCUGCUGUUUAAAAAGAUAACUGUGGAAGAUAUCCAAGCCUAUGAAGAUAAGUACAUAGGAUCAGAUGAAGAGAGAGCAGAUAUUAUACAAGCUUAUACGGACUUUGAAGGAGACAUGGAUAGCAUAAUGGACUCUGUAAUAUUUGCUGAUAUUGAUAAUGAGCCGAGGAUCAGAGAGAUCAUCCAGAAAGCCAUUAAGAAGAAAGAAGUUCCAACUUACGAUGAUUAUGUAAAAGAACCCAAAAAGAAAAGAGACCGUCGCAGGAAAAGGGCUGCUGAAGAAGCCCAAGAAGCAGAGGAAAUGAAAAAAGAAUUGGGACUGGAUGAUGAACAAGAUGACUUAAAAGCUUUAAUUCAAAGAAAGCAGAAGGAUCGCGAAAAGGAUCUUGAUGGUUUUAUGGCACAAUUGGAAGCAAAAUACUGCAAUAAUCCAAAAAAAGGAGGGAAAAAAACCACAGGGGCAAAAAAAGGAAAAAAAUGAUAUUUUGUUUUCCAUUACUUCGCUAAUAGAAAUACAAAUGCUUUAUCAGACGACCUCGUCUAUACCUUUCUUUCCGCAAGCCUGCCACUACCAGUGAAGCAGUAUAAGACCACAGAACUUGUAGGGGGAUGUGUGUCGGACUUACAGUAGAGUUAACAACCACAAUGUUUAGUUAUACAUAUCCUGUAUGUUUUGUACAUGUUUGUGUGCACACCCUAUAGUGGGAUUGUUGCUUGAUGAGUAUUUUUUGAGUCAGAUGCAAUAGUAAACCAUUCUGACUUCUUUGUUAAAUGUACAUUUGUAUAUUUUUACAAUUACCUUUUUGAGCGUGAAUUGUUUUAUAAAAUUAGGAAAGAAAAAACAUGCAUAUUAAAUAUGGUGGCUGAUUAGAUGGUACAGUUUUUAACUGCAGCUGCAAGUCUGCUAAGUUGCUGUGAUUGGCACUUCUCUUUUUUUUUUUUUUUUACUUUAUAACCCAGACCCCCUAAAACAUGUAAAGGUUUUUAAGCAAACUGUAUUUAAAAAAAAAAAUAAGCACUUGUCUCAGUAUAGCAAACUUUUGUAAACGUGUGUAUUUUGUCUUGCCUAAUCAAAAGCUUUAGAGGGAAGUGCAACUUAAUAUUUGGAAUUCCACUUGUUUGUUUUUUGUUAUAUUUAGUUUUUUUCAAUUAAAAAAAAAUGGAUGAAAAUGUU